AAUGUAUCAAUUACAUUUUAUUUUUGUCUUUGGAUGGAUACAAGUUGUUAUGGUUGAAAUCUCUAACCAAAAGAAUAUUAUUGCUUUUUUAAGUGUACGUCAAAAUAAAAUAAUUAUAGUUGUAUAAACCAGAAGAAUUAAAAUUAAUUCUAAAAUAUUUAUUAAGUGCGUAAAUGAAUACCAAUGUUUCGGACUUUCUGCGCGCGCCCACCAGAAUUGGAAUUUUCUAGUCAAUUCAACAGACCUGUUAAACCCCAUCUCAGCCGUCACACGAUCUUCUCCACUCAUCUCAACCGUCGAUUCUCUUUUACCCCGACCCACGCGACCUGUCAACAAAAAUCUACAAAAGGUCCAUCUUCAAAAUUUCCCGGAAAAUCCCUAGAAACCUCCAACGAACCAUCGUUGAACUUCAGACCAAAUCAUUUUCUCCAAUUUAAUAUAUAUAAACACUUAAUAUUUCAUCUACCAACCCAAGUAGAUGAAAAAAUGGCGAGCUUGAGCACGAGUUUGCUCGGGAUAAGACGAAUGUCCAAGGCACAAGAGAAGACGAAAAACACAGUGUUGUGUAAGAAGCACCCAAAGCACAGGCAAUCACCUGGUGUAUGCUCUCUCUGUCUCAACGAGAGGCUCUCUAUGUUCAUCAAAGCAACUUCAUCUUCUACUUAUUCUUAUUUACGUUUACGAAAAGCCCCUCACAUCAUAUACUCUUCCUCAACGACUUCUCUCUCCUCCUCAUCAUCUGUCUCUUCUUGCCCUUCUCCUCUUGUGGAUCGCCGAUGCUACUUGUUAAUGGCCGGAGGCAGCGGCCGAGAAAAAGGGAGUUUAUGUAUGACGAAAAGCCGAUCAGUAGCACAUAAAGUGGAUGAUGAGAAAAGAAAGAAGAAGGAGACGAGAGGUGGUUUCUUUUUUCGGUUUGGUGGAUUCAAGAAGAGAGAACAAGAGAGAAUUGUAGAUAAUUAGAUCUGAUGGUUAUUGAUUUUUUAUUUUUUAAAAAGAAUUUAUCAUGUGUUCCUGAUUGUUUCAUUCAUUAUAAUUAAUGGUGACGUAAUGAAAGACUAGAGCUUAGUUUUGUGUCUUGGGCGACAUCCGAUAAAAUUGAGCGUUUUGAGAUUUUUGUA